AAGGGAAGGGAGAAAAACUCUAGAGCCUCUGCUUUCAAAAACAACUUGAAUUGCAGCUCAAGAGAAUCUCCGAUUGGAGCUCUGGGACCUCCGAAACCCUAGCCAUGGCGUGUUCUCAGAAUGCCCCCAUUCAGGUAUGGUAAUUACGCUUUCGCCAUUGGCACGCCGGGGAAUGGCCAGGGAGAGGAAGAGGGAGAGAAACGAAGCUGUUUCGUCCACCGGGCCAAUAAGGGGUAGGGUUUCGCCAAUCCGGUCUCGAUCUCGAUCUCACCGGAGUCCGACAUAGAUUGCGCAAAAAAGCGGCGACGAGCUUAAACGUCUGAUCAAUUUGGGCGAGAUUUGAAGGCGUUUUGGCCAUGGCGGCUUACAAAGGAAGCCUCGAGAAGCUUCGGAGGUGCGUUCGGAUGGUGUUUGUGAUGGUGGUGAUGGUGACUUCGCUUCUGGUGAUGUCUCUGCCGCUCCUGGUGGCUCUGGGAGACGUGGUGGUGCCAUGCUUAUUGAUUUCUAGCUUCACGUGCGUCAGGUGCUAUGGCUUCAAAGAACACCUGAAUCGAUACGCUUUCAAGAGCUCCUUGAUUGAUAUUCCUCUCGUUUCCAUCACCAGAUCUCUCAUAAUUACAUGUGUUUAUUCAAUGUGCGACGGCCCUGCACUCUCUCACGGACCAUAUCUUGGAACUGUGACAUUGUGUUCUAUUUCUUCAAUUCUACUUCUUUCAGUCAAGGCUUGUGUUUUCACCAUGAAUUCUGAGAUGGAGGCUGAAGCUUCAUCUUCCCUUGCCAAACAGAAGCUUCAUUUGAAGAAGUCAUGGGGAAUGCCUGUUUUGUUUCUAUCCUCAGUGGUCUUUGCUCUUGGCCAUAUUGUGGUUGCCUAUAGAACAAGCUGCAGAGCACGGAGGAAGCUCCUGUUUCACCGAGUUGACCCUGAAGCAGUACUUUCAUGCAAAAAUGUUUUCUCUGCCUACCAGAAGGUCCCACGAUCUCCAACUCCUUCUGCAGGGAAAACCCCCAAAAGUGACAGUGAAAUGAGGCGGAAGCCUCUAGGGACAGCUCGUGAUGAUGGGGAACUUCCAGUCAGAUUGCUUGCUGACAUUGACAGCUUAUUCAUUGCCUGCCAGGGGCUUACACUCCAUUAUAAGCUCGGCAUGUCUGGUUCACCUCCUCGGUCCUUAUCCUCUGCCACCUUUCUUGAACCCAACUCUGGCUGCAGUUCAAGUCAAAUGACCCUUGGAAAGCUAAAACUUGAAAGGCUGCCAUCAAGUGUUUUAUCUAAAACCCAGUAUCAUCUUCAUAGAAGUUACAGUAAUCAGUUUCCAAGCUCUUCCCUAUAUACUCCACUGCUGGAUGGUUCUGCAUCUCCACAUGUUCUUUUAUCUGAAGAAAUUCCUGUUCUGAGACUAGAUGAUGCUGUUGAUGAGAAUGAACCGAGUGACAUAAACUCUGUAACUUUAGAUCGAGGUCUGGAAGGAACUGGGAAGUUUGGUAUUGUUUUGGUCCAUGGUUUUGGAGGAGGAGUUUUCUCAUGGAGGCAUGUGAUGGGGGUGCUGGCUCGGCAGGUUGGUUGCACUGUUGUUGCUUUUGAUCGGCCUGGUUGGGGGUUAACUUCUAGGCCACGCCGAAAGGAUUGGGAGGAAAAACAAUUGCCUAAUCCUUACAAGCUUGAGACUCAGGUAGACCUGCUUCUUUCUUUCUGUUCGGAGAUGGGAUUUUCUUCUGUCAUACUCAUUGGUCAUGAUGAUGGAGGCCUGCUUGCCUUGAAAGCUGCACAAAGAGUCCAAGAGUCUAUGAAUUCAGUCAACGUUACAAUUAAGGGGGUGGUAUUGCUAAGUGUAAGCUUGACAAGAGAAUUAGUUCCUGCUUUUGCAAGGAUACUGAUGCGCACUUCUCUUGGAAAGAAGCACUUGGUUCGUCCUCUACUGCGGACAGAAAUUACUCAGGUGGUGAAUCGACGUGCAUGGUAUGAUGCUACCAAGCUAACAACAGAUGUUUUAAGCCUCUAUAAGGCCCCACUAUGUGUGGAAGGUUGGGAUGAAGCACUACAUGAGAUAGGUAAAUUAUCAUAUGAGACAGUUCUUUCACCACAAAAUGCAACAUCAUUGCUGCAAGCAGUUGAAGACCUGCCAGUUUUGGUUAUUGUGGGCGCUGAAGAUGCUCUUGUCUCUAUAAAAUCUGCUCAAGCUAUGGCUUCAAAACUUGUAAAUUCUAGACUGGUUGCGAUAUCUGGAUGCGGCCACCUUCCACAUGAGGAAUGCCCCAAGGCGUUACUUGCUGCUAUAUCACCCUUCAUAAGCAGACUCUUACUCAAACCCGACUUGUCAGACCAACAGCAUACUUCCUUUUUAGCUUAUGAAUAGAGUUUUAAUCUCUUGUGGAAGGGGUCUUUUCCCUCUGGUUUUUUCUUUUUCUCCCUUUCAUUUUCCCUCUUUAUUUUCUUCUCAAUUGCUCCUAGAGAGAGAGAUUAAUGCCAUCUCUUCUUUAGGGUAUUUUUGAUGUGUUAGUCCGGAGCCUCACCCUGACCCUAAUUCUCCAGGGUUUCAGAGCUUCUCUCUCACCUGUAAUUUUUUCUUUUUUUUGGUUAAGGUUUAAUUUUUAUCAGGGCUUGUUUGGACAGUAGAUGUUAUUUACCACUUAAGGAGUGGAAAUAACAUAUAUUUGUACAUUUUUCUGAUUGUCAAUGCAUUUAUAUUUGAGCAUGGUUUGCUUCA